AUGAUCGACUUAAAGAUCUUACUUAAUGGAGCUUCCACAGGUCUCCUCAUAACAUGUCCAGCCCAUCAAAGCCUGUUUACUUUAAAACGUUUAAUGAUAUCAGCUUUAGGACUCAUGCAAAAGAAUAAUUGUAAUAGAAGCUUUAUAAUUGAAGCAUCUUUAUAUAUUUUUCCAAAUGUACACCAAGAAGAUGCGAGUCUUGAAAAGUUUUAUAAAUUCAACUUGACAAGCGUUAUAAGUUCUCAAAUUUAUGUUACUAUUACUCCAACUGUUGAAUGUGCUAGCUGUCCAAUUCUUCUACUAGAAUUAAUACAGAAAAAAAUACUAAAUGGUUUGAGUUUUCCACAUAAAUUGAAAAAUCUUCAGAUAAAUAAAAUAACAAAAAUGUUAAAAGCUUUGAAAAUUGGAUAUUGUCGAGUUCCGCCAAAACCAAUUCAUAAAAUUAGCAAUUUUUUAGAUUUAUUUGAAAGCGCUUCAACAGCCAAAUUUAUUAGGAACAAACAUGAAAUCACUGUUGAAAAUUAUUUUAACAAAAAAUAUAAUAUAAAACUUAUGUUUCCUGGCUAUCCACUUGUUGCAACAGAAAUCUUUGUAAAAGAUUUAAAUAGCAAUUCAGUAAUCAGGAAUUUUUUACAACAACUUGUUGCUCACGAAUACAAAUUUGCAUUAGUGAUUGUUGAUAAUAAAAUAUAUAACAAUGUCAAAAACGUUGCUGAAACAUAUGUUGACUUUACAACGCAAUGUAUUAAGAUUAAAACUUUGCUAAAUGCAGUAGCAAAUGGCGCCUCAGACAAAAUUUAUGAAGGGAUUUGCUCCAAACUGAACACAAAGCUAGGGGGUAAAAAUUACGAAGUAAAAAAUUUGCAGAACAAGAAUGAAAUAUUUUUUGGUGUCGACGUUACUCAUCCUGACAAAAAUCUUUCUUAUUCGAUUGCUGCUAUCGUUUCAUCUAUUGAUGCUGCAGGUGGAAGAUACAAGGCAGACUACUGCCAUCAAGAGCCAAAUAAAGAAAUAAUUGAUAAUUUAUAUGAUGCAUUUAUAAAUCAUUUAAAUGCUUUUAACGAGGAGAACCAUCAACUACUAGAGAGGAUUUUUUACUGCCGUGAUGGUAUUUCAAAUAGCCAGUACAAUGAUGUAAAGAAUAUCGAAAUUGAAGCGACAAAAAAGAUUUAUAAGAAUUUACAAUCUCCAGAAAUAAUCGUUUUUGUUGCACUCAAGCGUCAUCGUUCGAGAUUCUUCGUGGAUACUGAAAGUAAAAACAUUCCUGGAUCAGUUAUCGACACUGACAUAGUCGAAAAGCAAUUUCUUCUUCUUUCCCAUUUAAGCAUACAGAACGUUGCGAGACCAACAAAAUAUGAAAUCUUAGUUAACGAUUCAAAGUUGAAUAAUGCUGAAAUAAAGCAAAAAAUAUUUGACUUGUGUCAUGGAAGCGCAAGGAUCAACAAAUCAUCUUCUUAUCCUUUACCAAUUUUCUAUGCCCACUUGUCUGCAAGUCGAGCUAAAACUUAUUCCCUUGGUGAAGAUGAUCAAAUGGGAAAAUUACCACAAAUUGAUGGCAAAUGGAGGCCUACAAAAUACAUUUAAAAUUUAUAUUUCAUUUAUUACAUAUACAAUUAUUCAGAGAUCGAAGCCGAUUUUUUCGGCUUAACUCAAUUUUUGAUUUUUUUGAUAGAAAA